UUUCGGUGCGCGCACGCAUAGUCCGUUAUCUGUGUUGUUGUCUCCGUCGUUUUGCUUGUUUGUCCACCUCGAGCUCACUCACUCACUUUUUCGUACGCUUUUUUUAUGAUUUGUUGUGUUUUCCAUCGAGUGGACGAUCUAUCGGAUACGGCUAAGACACUUAAUGGAAAUUGUGAAUACAAAAAUAUUGUGGAGUAAAACGAAAUUUUGCAAUGGCGCCAAAACACACCGUUACGUUUUUUCUCUGUGCGUUUUUCUGUGCCGCAUACGCUUCGACAGAAUAUAAUCGUUAUUUGGCGCAAAUAUUUCAAAAAUAUGGCAAUGGUGGCACCAUAAGCUUCGAGGGUCUGGAGCAUUUAAUGUUCAGCUUAGGUCUGGGAGACCUCGAGUUCGAUCCAACACACACAAUCGCUUAUCAUCAGCUCAAACCAGUCGGAUAUGAGAGCAGGGCCAAUAAUUCAAGUGAUAAUCGUGACCUCAAUUUGCACUACGACCUAGACCAAGAAAGUUUGGGGCGCAAUGUUAGUGAGGAUGACACGAUCGGGGAUGUGCAAUUGCAUCUAUCCAGGAAAAACCAGACGGAUGGAUCGCCUAUCAUAAUGGAGUUUCGAGAAAUGCACGAUCCGAAGCAUCGUCAUCCGCGCGAUAAUGAUGCUACCUUCGAUGACACUCAGCUACCCACAACUGCUACUUGUCUGUCACCGAAGUCGCUGAUGGCCCUUCUAGUCGACCACAACGAUCUACACAGGAAUAAGCUCUAUCGGGGCUUCGUCAAAAAUGGAAACAAAGAUCAUAACUCCGAUGAGGAGUACACCGAGUUUAUAAACAACGUGCGUAUCAAGCCGCUAGCGUUCAUGAAGCUAUGUCCCGUUCUGCUGGCUCAGAUUGACAAUGGGGUCUGUAUGCGUCAGGCGCCACCACCUCCAUACAAUGAACAGGAGAAGAAAGACAGGAUAUGGAAUGCCUGGAUUUAUGGCAGCGUCUGCAUGUUUAUUCUUUCUGCUUGCGGCAUGUUGGGUAUAUUUCUGGUACCUCUGAUGAAGACAGUGGCAUAUCAGGAGAUCUUAAAGUUUCUUGUCGCAAUAGCUGUGGGAACACUCAGUGGAGAUGCUUUGAUGCAUCUGCUGCCACAUGCGCUAAUCAACGAAGAAAAUGAAGAGCAUGGAUCCUCCCAGCACGGUCAUACAAAUAAGGCGGUACUACUGUGCGCUUGCGCCUUUAUGUCAGCACUUCUAAUGUACAUCCUGGAAAAUGUCAUACCAUUGUUGAAGGGUGAGCAGAAUGGACACGGACACUCACACGGACACGGUCACAGCCACAGCCACAGCCACAAUCAUGCACAUGAAGACUCAAAAGCGGCAUCUGUGGAGGCAAUGCAUCCGCCCCGUGAGCUUAAUGUCAUGCUUCAGGAGACGAAACUGGAUGAGAAGACGCCUGAUCGCCCGCUUAGUCCAAUUGCCUUUAUGGUGAUCAUCGGCGAUGCGCUGCACAAUCUCACAGAUGGUCUGGCCAUUGGCGCCGCCUUUGCCAGUGACCCUGUUACGGGAAUGGCAACCGCUUUUGCCGUACUCUGCCAUGAGCUUCCCCAUGAGUUGGGCGAUUUUGCGCUUUUGCUUCAGACAGGCGUCUCUAUGAGAAGAGCGGUCUAUAUGAACAUCAUCAGCUCUGUCCUGAGUUUUGUUGGCAUGUCCAUUGGUCUGGCAAUUGCCGGUCUUGGAGAUGGAUUCACGCAAUGGAUAUAUGCAGCCACAGCCGGUUCUUUCAUAUACAUAGCGUUCGCGGAUCUGGUGCCCACAAUGAGUAUUGCGCACAACCCUGAACUGGUGCGCGAUGCUAAGGGUAUUCUUAUACAAAUAUUGGGUAUUUUUCUGGGUGGCCUAAUAAUGCUCAUCAUUGCCCUUAAUGAGCACGAGUUAGAGUCUCUGUUUAAGAAUUUUUAAAAGAGGUGAAAAUGGAAUUUCCCAUUUUUUAAUAGACAUUUUUUGUUGAGAGUUUUUAUAUUUCUGUUAUUGAAUGUAUUUAGCUCAUAUAUAUUUCUAAGCCAGAAUCGCCAGAAUCUCUAUUUUGGAUCGCAAGAUUUAAUUCCGAUUUUAGAGACUAAAAAAACAGCCAAGGCCUUGUAUUUUUUAUCUUAAAAAAGAUUAAUGUUUCUCAAACAUCUUCAACUUAAUUUGUUUAUAAAUACGAUUAAAAAACCUUAAACAUUAAAAUUUAUAUUAAUGUUUGAUUCGAUGUAAAAAGUUAAAGCCUUGCCGAUAUGGGAUUGCUUCCAAUUCUGUGGCUCUUUUAUGGAACCAAGAGCAAACGUCACACCGACUGAAUCCUGUAUUAUGUACAUUUAAAUAAGCCAAAUACCUAUAUAAGUAUUGUUGUACCUUCACCAGUUGAACUUUUAAAAAGCUCAAAAAUAUAUAAAUGCCUUUGUAUUUAUAUAUUGUUAUUGAACAAUGAUCCGUAUAAUUUUACAUUUAAGAUUAUAUUUUAUUCAGAUGUGUUGAACUCAUGUAUGUAUGUAUUCUAAAAUAAUAUACGAAAGGCAUUUCAUGCAAAAUGAAUUAAAAAACAA